GUUAGUUGCUUAAGCGCUGCUGUGUUAGUUAUUGCACCAACCAGCAAUGGCGGGGCUGCUAGCUUGGGCAGCAGAUGUGGUCGGAAAGAGCGGACACAACAACGAAGACGACGACGAUCCAAAUUCCAUCCCCUUGAUCCUCACUGCCGAACAGCAGGCCUACGUCCAAGAGCUGAAUCGCAAAGCCGCAUCUCUUAGCCGCGCGAUCCAAGAUUUGCGGCUCAGACUUCCACCUCCUGACAUCUCCGAACGCCUUCCCCACCUCCAUGCCCACUCUCUCGCAUCCAACGCCGCCCUUGCUCUCCAACUCAAUGCCCACUCCACCACCAAAGAACAGGCACAACUUAGAGGAGUUACACUGCAAGAAGAAAAUGCUGAAUAUGAGAAGGCUAUUUCAAAUUUCAAAAGCAAAAUUGGAGAGAAGUUGCAGGAAGCAGACACACUUCAUAUUAAGUUAAAGGAAAUGGAUUUGACAGAAGAAAACUUGAGAUCUGAAUUAGAAAGUGUGCAAACUGAAGGAUCCAGCCAGUCCAUAAAAUCAAAUGAAGCCGUUAUUAACUCUAAUGUUAUGGCAGGAGAUGGUACAGAGUUUUCAAAAUCCAUGACAGUUGAGAAAUUAGAGAACAAGAAAAAGGAACUGGCAUCAGUGGAACAACUCGUUCAAGACCUCGAGAGAGAGUGGGAACAAGUUCAGGAUUAUGCAAUAAAACAACCGUCUGCAGCUCCGCGUGAGAAAAUACUGGACAAACAGCUUCAUAGCCUGAUUGAACAGCUUGCUGCUAAACAGGCGCAAGCAGAAGGCUUAGUCAAUGAGAUUCAUACACAAGAAAUGAAACUAGAAGGAUUGAAUGGCCUUCAGCGGAGGUCUGUGACUAGCAACACAGACAUGAUUAAUGCAAGGAGCAGGUAUGGAAGAAACAGCUUUGACAGAGGACACAUGUCAGAUUACAUCGUUGACCCUCGUCAGAAACCCCCUUCAUAUCAGGACGCUGGCCGAACUGAGAGCAUUCCGAAGCAAGUUUUGCUAAGGGCAGCUUUUGUUGUUUAUAUUUUCGCUCUACAUAUCUUAGUUUUCAUCAAAAUUUCAUUUUGAUAAGUGAUGUACUGCCAAAUGCAUAAAAGCAUGCUCAUAACAAAACAGAAGGCUUUGUCAUGAAUUGCUUGUUUAUGAACUUGUAAUCUAUAGUACAUAAAUUUAAAAACAUUAUACAUAAAGUGAUUAGAACUUCUAACAAAUUUGUUUGAGCUAAAAAAAAUUCACUUGUGA